CCUGCCAUGCAUGGCCACAGGUGAAUCCGAUCACUCCGUCAGGACCCUCCACUCACAGAUAUGGCUUGCUUUUUUCUGAUUGUCUUUGCGAUCCUUGUUCUGGUUGUGUUGACGUGGCAGCUGAAGGUCAAGUCCUCGUUUGGCUCCCAGGAGCCCCCUCAUGUCCCCGCGCUGCCUUUAAUCGGCAGUCUGCUGAGUUUGCGAAGCCAACAUCCUCCUCACGUGCUUCUUAAAGAGCUCCAGAAAAAGUACGGACAGACGUACUCGCUGAUGAUGGGCUCUCACAGGGUAGUCAUCAUCAACCAGCAUGUGCACGCCAGAGAGAUCCUGCUGAAGAAGGGAAAGAUAUUUGCAGGGAGGCCAAGAACUGUAACUACAGACAUUCUGACCAGAGAUGGAAAAGACAUUGCAUUUGGAGAUUACAGUCCGGCCUGGAGGUUCCACAGAAAAAUUGUGCACGGAGCUCUCUGCAUGUUUGGAGAAGGCUCUGCCACCAUUGAGAGGAUGAUCUGUGCAGAGGCCCAGUCUCUGUGUUCCACUGUGUCCGAGGCAGCGGCUUUGGGCCUGGCUCUGGAUCUGGCCCCUGAGCUGACUCGGGCCGUUACAAACGUGGUCUGUUCCCUCUGCUUCAACUCAUCCUACGCCCGCGGAGACCCAGAGUUCGAAGGCAUGCUGCGCUACAGCCAGGGCAUCGUGGACACAGUGGCGAAGGACAGCUUAGUUGACAUCUUCCCCUGGCUACAGAUUUUCCCCAAUGCAGACCUGCGUCUUCUGAAGCACUGUGUUUCAGUCAGAGACAAACUUCUGCAGAAGAAGUAUGACGAGCAUAAGGCAGACUACAGCGACAACGUCCAGAGAGACCUGCUGGAUGCCCUGCUGAGAGCCAAACGCAGCGCCGAGAACAACAACACGGCGGACGUUGACGCGGCGACUGCAGGCCUCAGUGACGACCACCUCCUCAUGACUGUGGGGGACAUCUUUGGGGCCGGUGUCGAAACCACCACCACUGUGCUGAAGUGGGCAGUAACAUACCUCAUCCACCAUCCAGACGUACAGAGGCGAAUCCAGGAUGAACUGGACAGUAAGAUAGGAGCAGAUCGCUCUCCCCGCCUCAGAGACAGAGGCAGUCUGCCCUACCUGGAGGCGACCAUUAGGGAGGUGCUACGGAUUCGCCCAGUCGCUCCUUUAUUCAUCCCUCAUGUGGCACUAAGUGACACCAGUAUUGGAGAUUUCAAAGUUAAGAAAGGAACUCGAGUUAUCAUCAACCUGUGGUCUCUGCAUCACGAUGAGAAGGAGUGGAGCCAUCCUGAGCACUUCGACCCCGGGCGCUUUUUGGACAGUGAAGGCACAGGGCUGACCGUCCCAUCAUCUAGCUACCUGCCUUUCGGCACCGGGAUCAGGGUGUGCUUGGGCGAGGCCCUAGCAAAGAUGGAGCUCUUCCUCUUCCUGUCCUGGAUCCUACAGCGCUUCACCCUUUCCGUCCCACCAGGCCACCCCCUGCCUAGCCUCGAGGGCAAGUUCGGCGUGGUCCUCCAGCCAGUCAAGUACAAAGUGAAAGCUACACCCAGACCAGGCUGGGAGAGAGCAAAGAGCCAGAUGUGCUGAGAGCUGAGCCAUGCUCUACUUUCCGCUUCGAACACAGAGAACAGAGUUAAGAACUGGCCAGCAAACAGAACAGGCAGCCAAGGCUUUACACAGAUAACACUUUCCAAUAUAUAAAAUCCAUGAAUGUAUUUUUGCAGAAUAAACCACAUAAAAAUAUGCCUGCAAUCUGACAUGCAGGAACUGAACACAUUUUCUAAUCUUCACUGAACAAAUCUGAGGUGAGAGGCAUUUUCACUCCGAAACACUAAUACAGACUGUUGUUACGCUACUUUAAAGUACAAUUGUUACCUUAAUCUAUAUACUAAAGAAACGUUUUGUAUAUUGCAGCAGUACACUUGCUGCUUUACUUCACUUUUUUAUGCCUCGAACAUUUAAUGGAAACAUUAAAGUCAUAUUACUGAUAAAAAUCUGUUUCGAUUGUAAAGUUUGUUCACAGUGAAGGAGCUCGAUCUGAUGCAGAGCAAAGAGAGGCUCUGCCGGCGCUGCACUUUAGGUUGAAAAAAAGUAGAACAGA